AAAAUAAUAAUAACAGCAGUUCACGUUUUGUAUCGUGUUUUUUUAAAUAAGAAUACUGGAUAUAGUGUAUGGGGGGAAUUUAAGUUGUUGCGGCCAGCCAUGAUCAAAUCGAUUACAAAACAUGUCAACCUGGCAAUGAUGAAUGCGCUAUAGACUUUUCAUUUGCAGGUAAAAUACGUGUCGGCAGUUUUUCUGUCAACUAUAUUGAUACGUUACCGUUUCAAUAUACGUAUCCAGACAUACAAUACGUUUUAUUAAAUUAGCUUACUUAUUAAUAACCUUUAUCCCCACUAACAUAAUGUGUUGUCCCAUGAGACUCGAUAAAUAGUCGAGCUGUGCAGGUUCUCUCGCCAUCCAAACGUCGUCGCUUAUUCGUGACCACACCUGCAACGUUUAAAGUCCGGUCGACUGCGCACCGUUUUUUUGAGGCAGUGAGAUAGUUCUUACGGACUCCGAUUACAAGAGAGGAAUUGAGGGGCUAGCUCCUGGCAUUGAUUAUUGAACCGAGACCGGCUGUUAAGCUAUGCUGCUACUCCCAUGUAUCGGAUAGCAUAUGUUUAGGAAAUAACUCUCCGGCGGUGAUACAGUUCUAAGACGACCACCACACACACACUGAAGCGGACGGUUGAGAAAGCGACGGCCAGCAUAUCUGCGCUCACAGGCCGGUGACGAGGUAAAGAGAGGUGGCAGUCUGAGAAACUGCAAUCUGAGACGACCGGUGACAUCACCUCCCGGUCCUGAUGCCGAGAGAUGAAAACAACUGCUUGCUCAGGGAUUUGGUUCUGCUACACCGAAGGAGAUCUGGGAUCCACCGAGGAGGAAGGUGAUCUACUGAGGAGGAAGGUGAUCUACUGAAAAGAGAUGGGAUCUACUGAAGAGAAGUGAUCUACUGAAGAGAAGUGAUCUACUGAAAAGAGAGGGGAUCUACUGAAGAGAAGUGAUCUACUGAAGAGAAGUGAUCUACUGAAGAGAAGUGAUCUACUGAGGAGAGGGGGAUCUACUGAAGGGUGUUUCUUCUGGAUCCAUUGAAGCCACUGAGCAUCUUUCUGGUUUCCCCACACUGUGUGUGUGUGUGUAAGGCUGGGAGGAUGCCGGAGCUUGAGGACUUUCCCCCUCAGGAGGGGGGCCAGCAGGGGGCCGACCCGGCCCAGAUCCAGCGCAGCGUCCUGGACGAGCAGGUGGAGCUGUGGUGGUUCCGCGAACCGGGCAAGUCUCUGCUGUGCUACUCUGUGUCGGUGCUGCUCAUCCUGGGCUGCGGCCUGGGAGGCGUGGGCCUCCUCUCCACCACCACCAGCGUGUCCAGCGAGUGGCGUCUGGGCGCCGGCACGGCCCUGUGCCUGCUGGCACUGGCCGUGCUGCUCAAGCAGCUGCUCAGCUCGGCCGUGCAGGACAUGAACUGCAUCCGCAGCCGGCGGAGGAUCGACGUGCUGAAGAGUGGCGGCCUGUCGGACCUCCUGGUGGUGCUGGGCACGGGACUGGCUCUCGUCCUCUGCGGGGCGGUGCUUCUGAAGCUGGCCCUGGUCAAUCACAUGCCCAAGCCGGGCCAGGCCCUCAACGACAUGUACGUCUCCGGGGUGGUGAUGCUGGUGGGCGGGGGGGCGGCGGUGGCGGGGGUGGGGGUGUACGCGCUGGUGGUGUUCCUGCUGGAGGGGAGCAGGCCUGGGCGGAGGCUGAGAGAUAGGGUGGUGGGGGUCUUCACCAUCUCAGGUCACAUGAACCACCGCGCCCGGAGAGAGACCACCUCCAGCCUGGCCAACCUCAUAUGAGGCGCUGACCAACACACACGCUCCAUGCUAAGCAUCACCUUGGACGACAAUUGGCGAGUUUGGCUGCUUGAUCGUAAAGCCACAUGGUACUAAACCUCUUGGGAAGAUGUUUGUGGCACGAGAGGAGGAGAGGAGAGUCUGAUCUACUCUUUCUGUUUCUACAGUUCAAACCUCGGGCUCACGCUAUAUGGCUGCACUGUGAUUUAUGCCACUACUGGAUAAACUGAACUAGGGAGAUCCACUGCACUGACACUAGCAGGCAUGAACCAUCAGAUGAACGUUGUCCUGCUGUCACCAGACACACAGCAGUAUGGAAUAUACUCUAUGUCCACGAAGACUGUCCUCUAUGGAGCGAUUAAACCAUCAAAUUAUGUGACUUGAAUCAUUCACAAUUGUACCCCCCUUGACCAAACUAAAUGAGUACCUGUCGAUCUAAUGACAUGUCUUUGUCAUGCCUUCAAUUCCUGUUCCUCAGCACCCCUGAAACUCUACUACUGUAGAGUUUGUUGUGUUUUAAUUCUUUGUCAGUGCAAAGAAUUAAAACACUGCAUAGUGUUUUUUUAUGACUGUCCUGUGACUUCACAUUCAGCAGAGCUGACCUGACCCUCAACCAGCGUUCACUGAAUUUAAUCAAGAAUCCCGAGAGAAGGAUAUGGCAUUGUUGCCAUGGUUAAGUUUUAACAGUAUGUGUUUGUGUAUGUGUGUGUUUGUGUGUGUGUCACACAUUAUCAGGGCUAGGCAUAUGAGAAGCUGGACAAACGGGUCACACAGUCGACCAUUGUGGCUCGAUGACGGACAGUCCUGCCGUGGAACAAUGGCCCACACACACACGCGGUCUGGAGCUGGCAUUGCUCUGUACCAAGCACACACACACACACACGGCAUGUUCAGCGACUGCACCAGUACAAGUGUAAUCCCUCAAUGAUGGUAUGGAGACAGGGGGCAUCAAGAAUGUGUGUCCAUGAAGGAGACAGAGACAGAGAGAGAGAGA